AGGGCAAGUAGAGCGCAUGAGUGGACGGCCAUUUUGUGGCAGCUGAGAGAGUCGAAGCGGGAGGGAGGCGUUGCUGCUCCUGUCGUUGCCCGUUGGCCUCGCCCGCUUUUUUCCCUUUCGCUCCCUUUUUUCUUCGGUUGGAUCGGAUCGUUGCCGGUUUUUUUUUUUUCCAUUUCUCUUUUCUUCUCCCCCCUGCUCCUUCUCGGGCUGCUUCCCGCCCUUGCUCCUCCGCCUCUUCUCUCACACACCGACCACCCCCAACCGCAGCCAUUGCUGACCUCGCCAUGUCUGGUGGCGGCGUGAUCCGCGGCCCGGCCGGGAACAACGACUGCCGCAUCUACGUGGGCAACCUGCCGCCGGACAUCCGCACCAAGGACAUUGAGGACGUCUUUUACAAGUACGGAGCCAUUCGGGACAUCGAUCUCAAGAACCGCCGAGGGGGGCCGCCGUUCGCCUUCGUCGAGUUUGAGGACCCCAGGGAUGCAGAAGAUGCAGUGUACGGACGGGAUGGAUAUGAUUAUGAUGGGUACCGUCUACGGGUGGAGUUCCCUAGAAGUGGUCGUGGCACUGGCAGAGGAGGAGGAGGCGGUGGAGGUGGUGGGGCCCCAAGGGGCAGAUAUGGACCCCCAUCAAGGCGUUCUGAGUACAGAGUGAUAGUAUCAGGACUGCCUCCCAGUGGAAGCUGGCAGGAUUUAAAGGAUCACAUGCGUGAAGCAGGUGAUGUAUGUUAUGCUGAUGUUUUCCGAGAUGGAACUGGUGUCGUGGAGUUUGUUCGGAAGGAAGACAUGACCUACGCGGUGCGAAAACUGGAUAACACUAAGUUUAGAUCUCACGAGUUGUGUCUAUUUGAUAGGGAGAAACUGCCUACAUCCGUGUUAAAGUUGAUGGCCCAAGAAGUCCAAGUUAUGGAAGAUCUCGUUCCCGCAGCCGUAGUCGUAGCAGAAGCCGUAGCCGAAGCAACAGCAGAAGUCGCAGUUAUUCCCCAAGACGAAGCAGAGGAUCUCCACGCUACUCUCCCCGUCACAGCAGAUCACGUUCUCGUACAUAAACGAUCUUUAAUAGUGCUCCUUUUUGUAGAAUUUCUCCAUGUUGUAUGCAGUUUUCUUUUGCCCAUAAAUAGUCCAUUCUUUUAGGGGGAAAAAAAAAAGAACAGAACUGAAACUUUUACUGAAAAAAUUGGCUAAAGUGUUGAAUUGCAGUUUUGUAUGAUACCCCUAGUGAAUAUUUGUUCUUUAACAUCAACAUUCCCUUGCAUCUUUCAUAAAUUGUAUUUUAACAUGUCCUAGUCAGGGUUCUUUCUAGCUAGUUUGCUGCCCACUUUCUUCCAACUGUGAUAUUGCUGUAUUAAAAAUGUCUUUGUUCAGCUAUGGUUUAUACAAGCUUGGGGUGUUGGGGUUUAAAUUGUCUCUUUUGGGGGAGCUUACAUUUUUAUCUUGCCUUUUCAUGUGUCUUUCUGUAGACAUAUCUGAAGAGAUGGAUUAAGAAUGCUUUGGAUUAAAGGAUUAUGGAGCACAUGUCAAUCAUUUUAGGAUUGUCAAAAGGAGGAUUGAGGAGGAUCAGAUCAAAAAUGGAGGCAAUGGUAUGACUCCAAGUGCUAUUGUCACAGAUUAAAUUGGCAGUAUUGACCUUAUACAGAGAAUAGUGAAAUAGCACGCCUGUUCUCUAUUGUUCCACUCAUUUUUUAGUCAGCUGAUGUUUUCUGACUACCAUCAUGACAAUUGUGGCUUAGCUGGAUCCAAGCGGGGUGGGGAGGUGGGGCUAUACUGUGUCCAUUGAUUACAGGUGUUGCCCGUUUUUAUCCUUGUAACAUGCAGGUUUUUCAGACAUGGAAGUAUAAUCUCAAUACUGCUAAAAUCUGCAUGUCCUCUGUGUGACUGAUAGAGCAUUUUGCUGUUUCAUCUUAAAACGUAAUGGAAUGGAAGCAGUGGGGGGGCACACUGGGGAUUUCUUUCCAUCUUCCCCUGCAAGAUAAAUCAGAAACUGACUCUGAUAACUUCAGUUAAUCUUGUCACUUCUAGGCUGAGUAUAAUGAGCUUUUACUUAGGCCUGGGUAGUUCUAGCAGCAGGAUUUGGCAACUUCAUAACAUUUUUUUCAACCACAAAACCUGUAAUGCACAUAUAGUAAUUGAAAUGUUGAAAUUAUCAGUUAUCCAUUGUAAAUAUUAGAAUGUUUCUUCGAAAUGAUUAACACUGCUAAAAUUUGAACUUCACAAUACAAAAGUUUGUCUUGGGGAACUGAUAGUUAUCAAUGCCUGUUUUUAUUAUUCAGCGGCAGACAUAACUGAUCAUUCCCCAGAAUCCUAUUUUUCAUUACGGUAUCUAACUUUUUGCCUCCUCUUUUUUGGUUUUGCUGGUUAUAAAGGUUUGGAUUGGAGAGGGCUCACUGGAUCCCAAUCCUUGGAGCUGGAUCAUUGGAUUCAAAUCAUAAUGUGGAUAGGAUAGGGAGGAUCAAUUUCAAGGAUUCAUGGAGCGGGAUCAGAUUACCAGGAACAUAGGAGUGGAUUCCUGCCCCAACCAAACCGCACUCGUAUGGAGUUUUAUUCAACUCAAUUGGCUAUUCCAAAGAUUUUUUUUUUCCUAUUUUUGACGAUUGGAGCCCAUCCAUAAGAUGCACGAUGGAGUUUUCAUUUUUUUGUGUGUGUGUAAAAGGAGCAAAGCAAGGACCUGGAGAGGUACGCUGGAGCAUUCUCCUUGGAAGGAUUCAGCACAAGUAGAUGGUAAAUGUUAAAGGGGAAAAAAAGGGGGGGUUGUUUAUAAAUGUUAAACCAAUAAGUCAUUUACCUAAAUUUAACAACGCAAAGAAAUUGGAAUCUUUUAAGAUUGAGUAGGCUUUCAAUUGGCUAUUGCCUUUUUCUUUUUGACAAAUAAAAUUUUAU